AUGGCCAUGUGUGAGGUAGACCGCUUCAUGGAGCGCGAGCAUCUGAUCUUCAGAGAAAACACACUGGCCACCAAAGCCAUCGAGGAGUUCCUGAAGCUGAUCGCACACCGCUAUCUCAGAGACACCAUCGGUGACAUCAUUCCUCUCUGUGUCCGUGUGUUUCAGGGCUCAAAGUCUCCGUCCACUCUCAAUCCUCCCUCAGCAGCGUCUGAGCGUACGGUGGCCUGGGUGUCCAACAUGCCACACCUGUCUGCGGACAUCGAGAGUCUGCGUGUGGACCGCGAGGACUUCAAACUGAAGGAGCACUCCAAGAGCAUGGACGAGUCCCGUCUGGACCGGGUGCGUGAGUACGAGGAGGAGAUCCACUCUCUGAAGGAGCGUCUGAUGAUGUCUCAUCGUAAGCUGGAGGAAUACGAGCGGCGGCUGCAUUCCCAGGAGCAGCAGACCAGUAAGAUCCUGCUGCAGUACCAGAGCCGGCUGGACGACAGCGAGAGACGCCUGCGCCAGCAGCAGGUGGAGAAGGACUCGCAGCUCAAGGGCAUCAUCAACAGGUUGAUGGUGGUAGAGGAUGAGCUGAGGGGAAGUGGAAUGCCUGACCUCAAAACCAGAAUAUUCACAGAACAGCCGAUUUAUGGUGCCCACUCUGGAACAUGAUUGGCCCGGGCAGGACUAGCGGACCUGUGAUUGGUUGAACCCCAACCCAGGAGUGUCUGAUGAUUGGCUGAGAGAGAAGAGAGAGGCGGAGCCUGAACAUGACGACCAACUCCAACUUCAGGACAUCUACAAACUCUCUCUCUCUCUCUCUCUUUCUCUCUCACACACGCUGAGAGUUUAUAUAUGUAUAUAAGUGACAUAUAACUAUAUAUUCCUCAGGUGUGUCUCUGUCUCUUUCUCUCUUUCUCUCCUGCUGUCUUUCUCUCUUUUUGAGCCAAAUGGACGACAAUCAGCAUCUUGAGGCCGAAACAAUCACACCGAUAGCACAAAGAAAUCAACGCAGACAGACAGACGGAGAGAGAGAGAGACUAUUCACUCUCGUUCUCUUCCCAUCAUCCCCUGCCUCUCUUUCUCUCUCUUUACUGCAGGAGUGUGUGUGUGUGUGUGUGUGUGUGGUUUUGAUCAGUUGCAGCCUCAACUUCCUAAUAAUGACUCAAUAACAAAUCUUUUUCAAAUUAUGUUUUGAGGGGCUUGUUUCUUUCUGAGCCAAUCAGACGUCAGCGUGCCACUCAGAACCCCGCCCCUUCCUGUCCCGAGCGGGGGGGCGGGCUCUCCUCUCCGUGCCUAAAGAGCUCCAUCGAGAACAACAGGGCAAAAACAGACUUGAAGAGUGAGCCGGACACUCGGUUCGUCCCAUGAUCACAUGUUUGCUC